UUCUUCCUCCUUUUUUUUUGAGCCCAGGCUCUGCUCUCUGGGGGGGUGGGGGGCGCGCCGAGCCGGGGGAGCCGUGCCAGCCGAGUCGUGCGCGGGGCUGUGGCAGGGAACGGGCUGCCACCACCAUGGGAUGUACUCUGAGCGCCGAGGAGAGAGCCGCCCUGGAGCGCAGCAAGGCGAUUGAGAAAAACCUCAAAGAGGAUGGCAUCAGCGCCGCCAAAGACGUCAAAUUACUCCUGCUCGGGGCUGGAGAAUCGGGGAAAAGCACCAUUGUGAAGCAGAUGAAGAUCAUCCAUGAGGAUGGCUUCUCCGGAGAAGAUGUCAAGCAGUACAAGCCUGUGGUCUACAGCAACACCAUUCAGUCCCUGGCGGCCAUUGUCCGGGCCAUGGAUACUCUGGGCAUCGAAUAUGGGGACAAGGAGAGGAAGGCGGAUGCCAAGAUGGUGUGUGACGUGGUGAGCCGGAUGGAAGACACGGAACCGUUCUCGCCAGAGCUGCUCUCAGCCAUGAUGCGGCUCUGGGGUGACUCAGGGAUCCAGGAGUGCUUCAACCGCUCUCGGGAGUAUCAGCUCAAUGACUCUGCCAAAUACUACCUGGACAGCCUGGACCGGAUUGGGGCGGCCGACUACCAGCCCACUGAGCAAGACAUCCUCCGGACCAGGGUCAAGACCACGGGCAUCGUAGAGACCCACUUCACCUUUAAGAACCUCCACUUCAGGCUGUUUGAUGUCGGGGGCCAAAGGUCUGAACGCAAGAAGUGGAUCCACUGCUUUGAGGACGUGACGGCCAUCAUCUUCUGUGUUGCCCUCAGUGGCUAUGACCAGGUGCUGCAUGAAGACGAGACCACGAACCGCAUGCAUGAGUCUCUCAUGCUCUUCGACUCCAUCUGUAACAACAAGUUCUUCAUCGAUACCUCCAUCAUUCUCUUCCUCAACAAGAAAGAUCUCUUUGGGGAGAAGAUCAAGAAGUCUCCUUUGACCAUCUGCUUUCCUGAGUACACAGGCCCCAACACCUAUGAAGAUGCAGCCGCCUACAUCCAAGCACAAUUUGAAAGCAAAAACCGCUCACCCAACAAAGAAAUUUAUUGUCACAUGACUUGUGCCACAGACACGAAUAAUAUCCAGGUGGUAUUUGACGCCGUCACCGACAUCAUCAUUGCCAACAACCUCCGGGGCUGCGGCUUAUACUGACCUCUUGUCUGGUAUAGCAACCCUCUUUGACUGCUUCAUGGACUGUGCUGGUGACGUUGAGCUCCUGCUAGCAUGACCUUUGGCCUUUGUAAAGACACAGCCUUUCUGUACCGAGCCCCUGUCUGACCCACGACCCCAGAGUGACUGACGGCUGUGUAUUUCUGUAGAAUGCUGUAGAAUUUGGUUUUAGUUGAAUCUUUACAUUUAGUAUUUGAAAGGAAAACAAACAAAAAAAAACAUUAAUCAUGUGCUUUGUAGCUUAAAGAAAAGAGAGAGAGGAAGAAGGAAAACUCAUCCUUUCAUCCAUUAUUUCCUUUUUGAAGGAACUAAAGAAAUACAUCUGCCCCUUGCCUGCCCUCCUGCCCCAGCUCCAUGCCACCGCUAUGUGCCAGGCCGCUUCCAGAAGCCUCUGGCUGUUAGCACCGAGCCCACCCCAACCCCAGCCCCCACAUACACAUCUUCUGCCCUCCUAAGCCAUGUCACAUGCUCACUCCAGGUUUGUAUAGAAAAAGCACAGCUCUCUCUGGCCAAUAGCUGCCAAAAAGGAGACCCAUCGUUAUGUAUAGAGCCCACUAGAAACCAACUGUCCCGCCAAGACCUUCUCCAAAACUCUGCUCAUCUUUCUCCAGCAGUUUCUGGUUUGUUUUUCCUCCUCUUCGUCCUGAUGAACAAACACUAUCACAGACCCAGGCAGUGCCCUGUCUCUGGGGAAUGGGUACUUUUCCCCAGGGCCUCUGCCUUUCCCUCUUGAUGGCUGCUCCGUGUGUGCCCCCAUCCACCCUCUCCUUUGUUUCAGUGACUGUGUUUGAUCUCUCUCACGUGGGGAUGUGUGUGCUGCAGAUAAAAAGAAGAGAAAAAAUUUAAAUACCACAAGAUGGGGAGGGGGGAACAAAUAAAAAACUUAAAAAGAGGUUGGGAUGUAGGUGUUUACAAGAAAGUCAGUUUUCAUGAUCGGUCCUAUGUCAUUUCUACUUUGACUCGUCUCCAGACCUCUUCACGGCUUCACUUUUCAGACUUAAUAUAUGCUGAAGAAGACCAGUCACAGCCAUUUCUCAAGAUUAAAGAGGAGGCAAAAAUUAAAAAAAAUACAAAAUACACAAAAAUUGAAAAUACAGGAAAAAAAACUUGAAAAAAAAAAAAAGGAAAAUAAAUCCCACGGGUCUUUCUAAGCCUUUCUAUUCCCAAUCGGUGAGGUUUCUGUGAUACUUAACACACUGCCAGUCUACUUCUCUGACUAAUGGAAAUUCAUGUGUAGCUCAAUAAAGAGAAUGUUUGUCUGUA